AUGUUGGAACGCCACUCUGCCGCGAAGGUCUCAGUCACCUUGAGAACAAGGGAUGACUGGCAGAGUUGGAUUGAAGACAUAAAAUCGAUUGCCUUAUUAGGCAAAGUAUGGGGAUAUAUUGAUCCUAGCAAGGCAGAGGCUGAGCUAGAACAAAUCCCUAAGGAACCGCAGAUUCCUGCAGAUACAGCAACAUCUGCAGAGAUUAAGGUAUUUGAGAUCAAAUACAACCGAUACCAACGAAUUGAACGUGGAGUCGCUGCGAUCAGCGAAGCUAUCCACAAUUCAAUAAGUGUUUCGUUGAAGCACUUUUACAUCAACAACCGGGAGUCACCGUACAAGCUUACCGAAUUCGAAAGCGCUUAUUAUGGAAUGAAACACCAUGAUCUUCCUGAAGCGCAGGAUAUGUAUGUGAUCAGAGACUUCCUAGGUGCAGUUAUGAAAACUUCAAAGGAAUGGGUCAUGAUCAGACGAAACCUAUUGCAUCAGUCAGAAUAUAAGAGCCAAACGAUUACGGAUACGAUAGCAGUUUACCGAGAGUAUCUAUCAGAUGAAGUACUCUAUCAAGAUACCAAUCUGAAUGUUGCAUUCGCUGCCAAUCCAACGCUUCAAGGAACCGGGAUUCCGGAUCAGUCAAACCAAUCGAAUCAAUCGAAUCAAUCGAACCAGUCAAAUACAACAAAAUUUGUACCAAAUUGCGCAUGUGGCAAGAAACACUUCUUCAAAGAAUGCCCGUACGUGGUCAAAUCAUUGCGAAAGGCAGGCUUCGUGGAAGAUCCAGAAAUCAGGACGAAAUUCGAUGAUAUCCUGAGGACCCCAGGUGGAAGAAACAACAUGUUGAAAAAAGCAAUGGAACUGAAUAAGCAAGCUGGAGAGGAACAUGCCAUGGCUGCUAUAUCGGUAGGAUUCUCUGCAACGGAGAUUUCGCUGAAGGAUAGUUUUAUCCUAGAUUCGGGUGCCUCAGUGCAUAUUUGCAAUGACAAAGCAAGGUUCAAGCAGUUGAAGCAGGAGCCAGGGGGCUAUCUGCGUGCUGGUGACACUACCGUGCCAAUUGAGGCAGGAAAUGCAGAUAGGUGGCACAAGCGAUACAGUCACCUAAAUCAUGAAGCUAUUCGACAUCUGCCGAAAGCUGUUGAGGGUAUUCAAAUCGAUGAUUUUGAAGCACCCAAGGACUGCGAAACAUGCAGAUAUUCAAACGCUCCACGUCAGAUUUCUCGAAGACCAGCAACCCGAGCAACUCGACCAUUUGAGAGGGUUCAUUUUGACCUUAUCGAGUAUAAUAUGGCAUGGAACGGAGACCGUUGGUGUACGCACUUUUAUGAUGAAUUUACCCAUAUGCAUUUUGCAUACACACAUGCAAAGAAAAAUGGCUGUGUAGAUGCUGCAGUGCAUCUAGUCUCUUUGAUUGAACGCCAGUUCAAGAUGAAAGUGCAAUUUUACAAGUCAGAUAAUGAACAGACCCUUGGAAGAGACUUUUAUACUUUUACUGACUUAGAAGGUAUCAUUCAUGAGACAUCUGUGGUUACGACACCCGAGCAGAACGGCCCUGCAGAACGCUCAGGGGGUGUUUUAAUCUCGCGAGCAAGGCAUAUAACGAUCGAGGCAAGGUUACCACUUGAUAUGUGGCCAGUUUCGGUAAACGCAGCAGCAUAUAUACUGAAUCGAAUGCCGACAAAGACAUUAGGAUGGAAAACGCCGUUCGAGAAGGCCACUGGGAAACGUCCCAAUAUGGCAAACCUGUAUACGUUUGGCUGCAGAGCCUACGUACGAGAUCAGUCAUUGAAUCAGAAAAACAAGACACUGAAAACGAAACCGCGAGCGCUAGGGGGCUACUUAGUCGGAUAUAAAGCCUCAAACAUAUGGCUUAUCUGGAUCCCAAGCAAGCAACGAAUCGAAGCAGCGAGGGAUGUUAUAUUUGAUGAAUCAAAGCUUUAUGAUCCGAAUCAACCAUUCUUGGAGGAUGAGAUUGCGGAGGAAUCGCCAUUUCCACCAAUUGAAACGACCGAAAUCAACCGACAUGAUGAAUGGGAACCGUUGGAGGUUAGGGAUGAAGUUGAAAUGAUACCCGAGAGGGUGGCCAAUGAUUCUGCCGUAGAGAGCGGUCAGAUUUCAGCCAAUCAAAAUGCUCAGAGCUGUCAGAAUAAGGUUAGGUCACCUGGCCAAGUCCCACAACCUUAUCUUACCCCGGAAUCAACUCCAGCUUCAAUGCCAGGAUCAUGGGAUUUUGACACUACAACAGAUCAGGCAGAUCGAACAGAUCAGGAUCGAACAGAUCAAGCAGAUCGAACAGAUUCACUAAACCAGUGGUUGCUUCAAUCGCUCGAAGAAGCUACGCAAGCAGCUACAGAAGGAGAUAUUGAUCGCGAUACUACUCCGACGCCAGUAUCACGCUCAGGGGGUGGAAUCCAGGAAUCUCAACCUCCUGAAGCAGCUGUACGGCCAAUCAGAAGACGGAAUCGAGAAGGAUUAGAUCAAUCAUUGAUUAUUGAAGGCAAACGUGAACGUCGAGCAAAUCGAGAUUCGAACUAUAAAUAUGGAAGCUUUGUACAAGCUAUCAAACUGCCUGAAGCAUCAGAGAAUGCUCUUCACGCAGCAUUUACUGCAGUCUUAAACAGACAAAUUUAUCGAUCUGAAUUACCCCCACCACCGCGAAAUUGGAAUGAAUUGCUCAAGCAUCCAUUGAAGGAUGAUUUCAUCCUUGCUGCAAGCAAGGAACAUGCAGGAUUAAAGCAGAAAGAUACUUUUAAAGUUGUCAAUAUCAGUGAAGCUGCAGAUCAAGAGAUUUUGCCAGUUAUAUGGGUAUUUACCUAUAAAUUCGACGAAAAUGGCAACUAUCUCAAGGCUAAGGCACGAAUUUGUGUACGAGGAGAUCUUCAGGCACGAUCAACAGAGGAAAAUCGUGCAGGAACAGCUUCCGCGAGGAUCUUCAGAACUUUAAUGGCUUUAGUUGCUGCAUUUGAUCUUGAUACAGACCAAAAAGAUGCAGUUAAUGCAUUUUUGAACGCCUUUUUGGAUCAGGUGAAAGAGCUAUCCGCAAUGCUUCAAGAAUAUGGACUUGAAUCUAUCCCUGAGGAAGAGUGUCUCUUUAUAAGUGCCAACUUACUAGUCCUUUUCUACGUGGAUGAUAUUAUUAUCAUCAAUCGGCCUACUCCAGAAGCCCGCGCAGAGGCAAAACGAUUCAAAAUUGCCCUAGCGGCUCGCUAUGAGCUAAGACACAUGGGAGAAGUUGCAUGGUUUCUGAACAUUCGAGUUAUUCGAGAUCGACCGAAUAAGAAGCUAUGGCUUUGUCAAGAUGCUUAUAUGGAGCAAAUGGCUGCGAAAUUUCACCUUAACGACUUGACUAGAUGGCCUGAAACGCCUUUACGUACGAAUAUCGAACUACUUCUCAAUGAAGAGCAAGCUACACCAGGUCGAAUCCAUGAAUAUCAGCAGAAAACUGGUUCCGCUCUAUUUCCAACCAUUAUUACUAGGCCUGAUGCAGCCCUAGCAGUCAACGAACUAUCGAGAUUCUCAAAGAACCCUUCGCCGACUCAUAUAGAGGCAAUCAAUCGAGUUAUUGCUUAUCUCUAUGACACCCGCUAUCUAGCACUUGAGUUCAGCGCCAGCGAGCAUGCAGACGAGGUCUACAUUACUGCAAGUGAUGCUUCAUUUGCUAAUAAUGAAGAUAGGAAGAGUACUGGAGGAUAUCUCUGCAAGCUAUUUGGAGGUCCAAUUGAAUGGAAAUCGGGCAAACAACGCGCAGUCACUACGUCAACUACUGAAACAGAAUAUGUGGCACUUGCAGAAGCUGCUAAAGCAACAUAUUGGUGGCGCAGAGUCUUCAAAUCAUUGGAGUUUGACCCAGGUCAUUCGUUUGCUAUCUAUUGUGACAACAGGCAGACCAUUGAUCUGCUUACCAAGGAUACUGCACAACGGAGCAAGUUACGCCAUGUUAAUAUUAACAGAUCAUGGCUUCGACAAGAGGUUCAAGAAGGGAGACUUCAAGUCAAAUAG